GGCUUAGUGAGUGGUGACAUUAUUAUUGAGGACUGUAGUCCCCGUCUCUGCCCUCAAUGCUUUCCCUCUUCUGCAAAACCCUAAACCCCACAUUUCCCCUUCGCGUCACUUCUUCUCACUCCUCCCUCCCUCGGUCUACCCGCACUAUCGUACGAAACAUGAGCUCCGGGUCCCGAAUGUUCCAGCUCAAACUCGACCCGUUAACCGGAAACUCCGAAUGGGUCGUCAUCGAGGAGAGCGACACUCCAGAGCAAACUCCAACUCCUCUUCUUGCCACAACGUCGUACCUCGAUAUGCUCAACGACUCUCCCAGAAACAGAGCAUUCCGUGAAGCCAUUGACAAGACUGUAACUAAACCUUGCCAUGUUCUUGAUAUUGGUGCUGGAACUGGAUUAUUGUCAAUGAUGGCUGCCCGAGCAAUGGGUCCUGCUGAUUCAGCGUCUAACUCUGAUUCCAAGGGGAUGGUUACAGCUUGUGAAUCGUACCUUCCUAUGGUGAAAUUGAUGCGGAAAGUUUUGAGGGCAAAUGGCAUAGAAAGGGGAAUUCGCAUCAUUAAUAAGAGGUCAGAUGAAUUAGAAGUUGGCAGGGAUAUAGCAUCUCGAGCAGAUGUUCUUGUUAGUGAAAUACUUGACUCAGAGCUAUUAGGUGAAGGACUGAUACCAACCUUGCAGCAUGCCCAUGACAAUCUAUUGGUGGAAAGUCCAAAAACAGUGCCUUACCGAGCAACGAUAUUUGGUCAGCUGGUUGAAAGCAAAGACUUGUGGAAGAUGCAUGAUUUAUUUAAUAAUGAAGAAAAGGCAUUAGAUACAAUUCAUCUUGUUCCAAAGGGCAUGGAUACAAUAAUAUGUGUCAAACAUCAACAAUUUCCCAUGCAUUGUGAUGCAAUCAGUGAGGGAAUUAAACUGCUUUCAGAACCCUUCAAAAUUUUUGAUUUUGACUUUUGGAAAAGGCCAGACAGUUCUAGGGAAACUGAGUUGCUUAUAAAGGCAACUAAAGGUGGCAUUGCCCAUGCUAUCAUCUCAUGGUGGUUGCUUCAACUUGAUAGAGAAGGGACGGUUUUUUAUUCAACUGGUCCAAAGUGGAUACAUUGUCCUUCAGAUGUAAAGGAUCCAUCCCUAUCUUGUUCUGAAGCGUGGUGUGAUCAUUGGAAACAAUGUGUUUGGUUCAUUCCAAACAUAGGUUUAUCUGUACGCAAGGAUGAAUAUCUCCAUUUACAUGCCGUUCAUACCGAUGUUAGCCUCUCUUAUGUAGUCAAGACUCAAUCUCAAAAUAUGGAAGUUAGACAAUACAAACUCAGUGCUCAAGAUUGUCAACUCUUUUUAUCACCAGAAAGAAUUGCAAUAUAUGGGGACAACAAUUGGAGAUGUUCAAUGCUAAAAGCAAUUAAAAAUGCCCUAAAGCAGAAGGCAUCUCCUUUGUGCAUUGUUGCUGAUGAUAGCAUCUUUCUGACAAUAGCUGUUGGUCAUCUUGCUAGAGCGUCAAAUGUGAUAUCCUUAUUUCCUGGUCUGCAAGAUAAAGGUGAACAGUAUCUGCAAGCUGUUGCUGCUUCAAAUGACUAUUCAAUGGAUUGCGUUAAAGUUCUAAAAAAGAGAAACUCUGCAUUGACCAUGCAAGAUACACAUCAUAGGAAGGUUGACUUGUUGAUUGCAGAACCUUUCUAUUAUGGAAGUGAUAGUGUGCUUCCUUGGCAAAAUUUGCGGUUUUGGAAGGAAAGAACUACAAUGGACAACAUAUUGUCAAAAGAUGUGGUGAUAAUGCCUUGUAAAGGGCUCUUGAAGGCUUGUGCAAUGUCCCUUCCUGAUCUUUGGAGAAGUCGACGAUGCCUGAAAGACAUUGAAGGUUUUGAUCAUUCAGUUGUCAAUUCCACUUUAGGAGCAUGUGGAGAUUUACCUGCAGGGGAACAAAGUCCUUGUCUGCCCUUUUUUAUCUGGCAAUGUGGGGAGACUAAGAAACUGAGUGAAAUAAUUACAAUUAUGGAAUUCAAUUUCCAAGAACUAAUGUGCCCAUGCUCAGAAGAAGCUCAGUUUGAAUUUACCGAGUCAGGAAUAUGCCAUGGACUAGUGUUCUGGAUUGAUUGGGUAAUGGAUGCAGGAGAGUCCACUGUCAUAUCGACGGGGCCAGAACAACGAUAUUGGAAGCAAGGUGUGAAGCUUUUAGAGAAGCCUGUGACCGUGCAGGAGCGGGGAUCUAUCUCCAACUUUUGUCGUUCAACAAAACUUAAAGUGUCUUUCGAUCCCUCAGUAGCUGACCUUAGUGUGGAGAUUGCUUUUGUAUGAACUCAAUUGCUGUGUCGGUCUAUUUUCCUUCAAUUCCUUCAUGCAAUCCCAAGAUUCAUGUAAAUCUUGUUAAACCGGUUUGCAUUUGCCAUUGCCUAAUUUCGAGGUUUUGGGUAAGAUGUGCUAUGAAAACUGCUACAACUGAGGUUUAGCCAGAGUAAGAACUGCUAAAACUUCAGAGGUCUACAUAUAUUUAUGACUAGUGUAGACAAAUGUAAACUGUGUUUACUUCCAACUCCGUUUUCUUUUUCUCAGCUUUUCAUUUUUUA